AGAGGCGCACACCUGUUGUACGUUCUCCUUCGAUAACUUAGUCACUUGAAUCAAGUCACCAGCUAUUCUGACAUUGUUCUAACAUGCUUCUUAUGAGUCGAAGUAAUUAAUCAACUUUUAACUUAGAUAACUUUUGAUCACAUUGUUCCAGUUAAUUGACCAAACGGCACGAGAACGAAAAAUAUGAUUGUGACACGGGUUAUUUUUCUGUUCUCAUGGACAGUAUGGUGUGUUAGUGCUCAAUAUAAUUCACUAAAUGAACCAAUGCUAGAUUUUGAUGAUGACAUAACUAAAGAUAUUUCAGUAGAAUGUAAUAAAAAAGAAAUACGUAUUAACAUUAGUCCUAAAUCAAGAGCUUUCACUGGAAUAAUUUAUCCAAAAGGAUUAGCUAAAAAUUCAAGUUGUAUGACUGAAUUUAAUGAUCAAAAGAGUCCUGCUGUUUAUAGGCUCCCCUUGAGAUCAUGCAAUACAAUGAGCACAUAUUUGAAUGAUGGAAUUGUAGAAUACUUCAAUACAAUAGUACUACAACCACAUAGAAAAUUAGUGACAAACCUUGGAAAAGGUUUUCAUGUCCGAUGCAAAUAUCAAACUACUGAACAAUUAUUAACCAAUGUUAUGAAUAUAAGCACACCAGAAGGAAUUUCUAUGCUUGAAGGAGCUAAACUUCCAACAUGUACUAUGAAAAUAUUUUCUGGUAAAACAGUGAAACCCAAUGUUGCAGAAAAUGUACAAAUUGGUGAUCCAUUAACUAUGGUGAUUUCAAUUAAUAGUGAAGAUACUUUUGGAUUAUUUAUUACUGACUGUUUAGUUCGUGAUGGGCUUGGUUGGGGUGAUCAACGGCUUAUUGAUAAAUAUGGAUGCUCUAUUGAAGAAGAAAUAAUGGGACAAUUCCAAUACAGUGAAAAUAAAACUACUGCUGUUGUUAGUUUUCAAGCUCAUAAGUUUCCUUAUACAACAUCUGUUUAUUAUCAAUGUCAUGUCCAUUUAUGUAUGAAAGCUAUUGGUGGUUGUACAAAUACGCCACCAAACUGCAGUAAUAAGAAACGUAUUCGUCGUGAUGAUCAAUUAGCAGAAGAUGAGAGUCCUGCAACAAUUGAAGUCUAUAGUGGCUUGUAUGUUAAUGAGGCUGCUGAUAGUGGAAGUCCUGAACAGAUGGAUCAAGUAGCAAGAGAAAAGCUUUCAGAUGAUCCGUACAGUAUUUGUAUUUCUCAACGCAACUUUGCCAUAAGUAUUGCGAUAGCUGGACUUAUUCUUAUGCUUUUAACCGUAAUAACUGCUCUUAUAUUGUUGACAAGAAGAAAUAGGAAAACACUAUCAUCAAGUGGAAGUUCAGUAUAUAGUGGUCCUUAUACUAAUACAGCUUAUAGCCACACGAGUUAAAUAAUUCAUAAGUGAUAUAUUUAAAUGAAUAUUUAUAAGGUGCUCUUACUAAUAUGUAACAUAUGUAAUAGUCUAUUAUUAUAGAAAAAAUUAUUACUAUGUGGAUUAAGAUAUCAUACAUUAUAUUUUAAUUUUCUAUUAUUUUAAAAUUAUAAUAUCUUUUUAUUAAGAAAAUACAUUUGAAUCGGGGACAUAUAUAAAACUAAUGUUCUAGCAAUGCCUGUUCAAAAAUAUUGUGUUAUGAUUAUUGUAUUAAUAGGGUAAUUUAUUAUAUUACUAUUAAAAUAAGUAUUGUGCCCUUAAAGUUAUUAAGUGAAUUAUAUAUUAAACUUAGCAUUUCUUUUCUUCACUUGUAUAAUUAACAAUAUAAAUUAUAAGUCUUUUUUUUUUUUCUAUUUUAGAUAUACUUAUCUUUUGUAUUGUACAGAGAUGAUGUAUGUUGUUAUAUAAUAAUUAUCCUUAAGAAUAUUAAAUACAAUUAUUAAAAAAAUUAAUUCUUUUUUAAAAACACAUUAAUAAGCUUCUAAGAGGCAUCAAAAAUUUGUGCAAUGCUCUAUUACUAAUUAGUUACUUGUUCCUCGUAUAAUAUUAUUGUUGUAAUUUUAAGAUCAAUUUUAUUAUUGCAUAAAAUAUCUAUAUGAUUCGUAUGCACAUUAGAUAAAAUUGUAUUAUACAUGUCCUCGAUUUGAAUAUUAAAUAAAAUAUUUUAAAUUUAAGUUUAUUAAUCGUUAAUUUUAUUUAUUAAGAUUUUAUAAUUUUGAUAAUGUCUGGUCAAUAAAUUAAUAUUUAUUAAUAAUUAAUUAAUUGUAAAAUAUUAAAGGUUUAGAUGGUUAAAUUACACAAAAUUUUCAUAUACAGGUGUUCAGUGAGUACAGAAACGGAUUUCUAUUGUUCUCAUUUUGUAUGUUUAUAACAAAUGACCUGAUUCCUUACUGAACACCUGUAUAUGUAUACAGGUGUCCCACCGUGAUUUAUUACUUUGAAUAUAUAAAAUAAUGUUAAAAUUAAAAAAAUCUGGUGGGACACUAUAUCUUGUUCAUAAUACUUUUACUCGUAAUAUAAUAUUUUUUAAAAUACUGUUAAAAA